AUGGAGACCUCUCGUCGAAGCCAACAUCACAGUUGCGACCCGUGCCGGAAAGGCAAGAGGGGCUGCGAUGCUCCGAAAAAUCGAAAGGAGAAUGGUUUUAGCUCCUGCUCAAAUUGCAAGAAAUGGAAGAAGGAGUGCACCUUCAACUUCCUCUCAUCAAAGCGCGUGGAAUCUAAGCGAGACCACCGGAAAGCAAAAUCCAGCGCUGCAGCUACAGCUACAGCUACGCCUCAAAGCCGUGAAAUUCCUUCACUUCCCAGCUCUCAUGGCGAUAUCCUAGAUAAUAUAUUGCUUUCUUCGCAAUGGUAUCCUGUCAAUGCUGGGGGCAUGAUUACUCCUGCCUCAACCACAAAUCGUACCUCGUUCUCUCCUCCGUCGUUGAACCAGGAAAGCAGUAGCAUCAUUGAGGAGAUUGGAAUGCAGUCGUCUGGCGAUGAGCAGUUUGAGUUCCCUUCGUGGAAUACAAGCGUCACAGAUGAUUUCUGGUUCCCGGUGACGUCCACUCAACAGCCUGUCAAACCUUUUAGCGAACUGUCCCCUAAAUCGCUCGAAAAUGCGUUCGAUGCGAUUCCGCAUUUUGAAGAAAAUAGUCUUGGGAUGAAUACCCUCGAUUUUUCUGUGCUUGAUAUCAUUGCCCCGGGAUACAGAGAUACCACACGCCAAUUUUCAGCUUCUAAACCGAAUAGGAGGCAAAAGUCUAAAUUUGAGUGCCACUUUUGCAUCGCCUCCAACAAUACCGCCGCUGAUUAUGCUCGGACUACGAUGACACAGAACUUGAUCCGCAUCUAUCACGAUAGUCUGGAGAAUGCGUUGUCUUGUUGGCUGACGGAGCACAACUGUCCGUACAGCGACCCCUUGACUGAUAUGCUCCCGUAUAAAGAAAGAAAUGAAUGGAGUUCAAGCUGGCCCAACAGAAUGUGUAUUCGGGUUUGUCGAUUAGAUCGUGCAUCUUCUCACAUCCGCGGCCGGAAUUUGAGCGCCGACGAGGAUAAAGCUGCAGCCCGGGCCCUUCAUCUCUCAAUCAUCGCAUUUGCCUCACAGUGGACCCAGCACGCGCAGAAGGGUUCGAAUCUAAAUGUACCAGCGGAAAUUGCUCGUGAUGAAAGGUCUAUCCGGGAGAAUGUUUGGAAUCAGGCUCGUCACGCUUUGGAGCACACGACCGGUAUCCCGUCAUUUCGUAUCAUCUUUGCCAAUAUCAUUUUCUCCCUGACUCAAUGUCCUUUGGACGAAGAUGAAGACGAGCGUCUGGGCCAGCUCUUAGAGAAUGAUGUCGCACCGAUGUUUCUGGAACAUGCCAACCGUCAACUAUUCACCUUCCGACACAAGUUGACGAGGCUUCAACGCGAGGCGCCCUCUCACGUUAGAGAGUUGCGAAGGGAGUCUAUGGGAUCCACGCUGACCGAUAUGUCGGAAGUACCAAGGUUUUCAAGCACUGCACCAGCCGAUCCCACACUCGCGAAUGACGAACACCGCACCACGCUUAGCCUUUUAUUCUGGCUAGGGGUCAUGUUCGAUACGCUCAGUGCCGCCAUGUACCAGCGUCCACUGGUGGUGUCAGAUGAGGACAGUCAAAUCACCUCAAUCAUCCCUGUAUCCGAACUCGAAGAUCAAGUGGAUCUCAACGGCUGGAACCUCCCACGAAACGAGAUGCAGAAGAAAAAGGAUGUAUGGGGCGAUUUCUUCCUCCACCAAGCAGAACAGCCUCGAUGGCCAUGCUCUUACGAACAAGCCGCUUCCGUCCUUUCAGAAGCAACUCCAGUCAAGGUCCUGCUUUAUCGCCGCGUCACGCAACUCCAAACCCUGGUAUAUCGAGGCGUUGGACCAAAACGGCUCGAAGAAGUCAUCAAUGAGACUCUCCUGGUCUAUCACCACUGGAAUAAUACAUACCAACGGUUCAUGCUGGACUGCGUUGCCAACCAUGAACUGCUACCACCGCGUAUACAGUCUUGGUAUGUCAUUCUUGACGGACAUUGGCAUCUCGCUACUAUGCUUCUAGCAGACGUUCUGGAAACCGUGGAUCGGGGAAAACUCGGCUCUGAUGUCGAGCGUGAAUCUCGACAUUCUUCAAACUUAAUCACAAAGCUGAGAAGAGAGAACGCAUUUGCAGUUGGGGCUCUUGCUCGCUCAUCACUUCGUGGGAAAGAGUCCAUCGUUCGUGUUGAUUUCCACGAUUCACUCACCGAGGUCGCCUUCCUUACAGAGCCGUGGACGGUCGUUUUGAUUCACUCGUUUGCCAAGGCGGGAUACAUUUCUGUGGAAGGAAUGGAUAUGUCUAGUGAACAAGAUUCAUUAUCUGAAUGUUUCCGGCAGAAUUGCGAAUUCUGUAUUUCGGCGCUUCAAUAUCUGGGAAGAAAGUCUGAUAUGGCUACGUUAGUGGCUCGCGACUUGUCGAGAAAUUUGAAUGUGAAGCUUAGCCGUCGAUUUUAUGUAGUAUAG